AUGUCGACUGUAGGUAAAGUGAUCAAAUGCCAGGCGGCGGUUGCCUGGGAGGCCGGGAAACCGCUUUCCAUUGAAGAAAUUGAGGUUGAUCCGCCCAAAGCUGGUGAAGUGCGCGUUAAGAUAUUAGCGACCGGCGUCUGUCAUACCGAUGCGUACACUCUCUCUGGUAAAGAUCCCGAAGGCGUUUUUCCCGUCGUCCUCGGCCACGAAGGCGGCGGCGUCGUUGAAAGCGUCGGAGAAGGAGUCACAUCAGUGAAACCCGGUGAUCACGUUAUUCCUUUGUAUGUUCCACAAUGCAACACAUGCAAAUUUUGCUUGAAUCCUAAAACAAACCUUUGCCAGAAGGUGCGAACAACCCAAGGACAAGGAGUCAUGCCUGAUGGUACCAGGAGAUUCCGCUGCAAGGGCAAGGAGUUGUAUCAUUUCAUGGGAUGUUCAACAUUUAGUGAAUACACAGUUGUUCUAGAAAUUUCCUUAUGCAAAGUUGAUGAAUCUGCACCACUGGAUAAAGUGUGUCUGCUUGGCUGCGGUGUACCUACCGGUUACGGAGCAGCCCUGAACACCGCAAAGGUGGAACCCGGGUCCAGUUGUGCUAUAUUUGGUCUUGGCGCUGUUGGAUUGGCUGUUGCUUUAGGCUGCAAAGCGGCAGGCGCAAAACGUAUUAUUGGUGUAGACAUCAACCCUGACAAGUUUGAGGUGGCUAAAAAGUUUGGAGUGAAUGAGUUUGUAAACCCCAAAGAUAGCAAUAAACCAAUUCAGCAAGUGCUUGUUGAUUUCACGGAUGGAGGUUUGGAUUACACUUUUGAGUGCAUUGGCAAUGUUAAUACAAUGCGUGCAGCAUUAGAAGCUUGCCAUAAAGGUUGGGGAGUGUCUGUGAUCAUUGGAGUAGCUGCUGCUGGCGAAGAAAUCAGCACCCGUCCCUUCCAGCUGGUCACGGGUCGCACAUGGAAGGGAACAGCUUUUGGAGGGUACAAGAGCCGUGAUAGUGUACCAAAACUAGUGGAUGAAUAUGUAAGCAAGAAAUUACCCUUGGACGAAUUUGUUACACACAAUGUCCCAUUGAAAGAAAUUAAUGAGGCCUUCCAUUUGAUGCAUGCUGGAAAGUCUAUUAGAGCUGUUGUACAUUUU